CAUUUGAAAGACAUGUGAAAUGAAUUGAAUUUUGCAGUGAUUUUCGAAAUCAAUUCAUAAAAAUGUUUUUACGUUUAAAUCCAUUGAAAAGAUGUUUAAAUGCAUUGAAUUGUGAUUUGAAUGUAUUGUCCGUCAAAUGCAUAUCCAAUUCAGUGUACUCUCGAGGAAGUGACCAUUUAUUGGAUGGCUUCGAUGGCUUCGGGCGCCCGAAGACAAGCACUACCGACAUCUGCACCGAUUUGAAGGCUAAUCCAAACGACAAUCAGUUUAUAUCCGACCGAUUCUUCCGCAAAGAAGUUCUUCAGACAGUCUUCAGUUUGUCGCAGAAUAUGGUGAAAGGGAACCGAUCUCUGAGCGAAUUGAUUGAAUCCAGUGAUUGGCAAGUCUUGUGUCAGACCAUCGAAGACAAUGUCUCGCAUAUGAAGAAUAGGGAACUCAUCAAUACUUUGCACUCAUUUCUGGUGAUGAAUAUCAGCGCCGAAGACGUUCUGAUUCAAUGUCUGGAGAAUGAUAUCCUUUGGAGAGCAAAACAUAUGACACUUAAGGAUCUGUUGGUUUGUCUUCAAUAUCACGUCCGAUACCAAACAACUGAUCAACAGAAGCGUGUGGUCAACGAAAUGAUCAUAAAUUUGGUGACCAAAUUGGACACCGCGGAGGACGACGACGACAUCAUUCAAAUGUUAAGUCUUUGGCAGUCAUUGAGUCCACAGAUAAUCGAAGGAAUGGAAUCGAUGGCAAUCGAAAUGAUCGGUCGAUCCAAUGAACGGGCCUUUAAAUUGGAAUCUCUUUCAUAUAUUUUAGUGCUUUUAUCUCAAAUGAAUCGAAGAACCAAACCAUUGAUCGAUGCGGUGGUCAAUAGGUUUACCUACGAAUCAAUAGAUCCCAUUCAUUAUCGCGAAAAGUAUUUGAUUCGUAUGCUAUCGUCACUCAAUCAACUCAAUUACGUUGACAUCAAUUUCCUGAAGAAAACGUCGGAUCUGUUAUGCAAUCGCAAGUUUCUGGACGUAUGCGCGCCGUCCGAUCGACGCGAUCUCUUAGUGGCCAUCAGUCACUCGAAUUGGUCGUAUCCAAGACUUCUCAAUGAAUAUAUCGAGAAGAUUACGGACACCAACAAUGACUUUAGCCCUCAAGACUAUCUGGUGUUUGUGUCGACCGCUGCCCGUCUUCACAGUCGCAGCAAUUAUCUGAACGAAGUUUUAUUCAAUUAUGUCAUACCGUAUGUGAGACGUGAAGAUUUAGACCCGCAUUCGUGGCUUCUCUAUGUCUGGUCCCUCUCUAUCCUCGGAUGCGUUCCUCUAAUUCAUGUCAAAUCUGUUAUGAAUCACGAGUUUUAUAACCAACUCAUGAAUUGCAACGAUUCUCAAUCAGAAGAUACAUUAAAUUACAAACAAAUUAUCCAUAAAUUAAAAUUAUUGAACAUUAAAGGCGUCGCAGAGCUUGAAAUGAAUGAAAAGAUUGAUUUCCAGCCAAUUGUUGGCAAAAAUCAUGAGACUAUCAAAAGAGAAGCGACUGUCGAAAAGUUCAGGAAAAAUGUUUUCAAAACUUUGGUCACAUUUGGACCCAAUUUUGAGACAAACAUUUCGACUCCUUUUGGUUUCUCUAUUGACGCCGAAUUCAUAGCAAAUAAAGACAACGAAUUUCUAUCACUUCAAGAAUAUGGAGUCUUAGGCGCCGAUCCUUCUAAUAGUGUACGUGAUUUACCACAAGGUUUUCAAAGGUGCGCUCUCAUGUGUUUCGGCUUCAAAGACAGCCUUUUGGGUGAAUCGGGUUUAAUCGGAACUCACGAACUGUCCAUCAGGUUAUUGAGACGUAUGGGAUAUAAUGUGAUUGCAAUCAAUCAAACGUCACUCCCUUUUGUACGCGGCGUUCAAAUCAACGAACGCUUGAAAGCAAUCAUAAAUAAAAGCUUUGAUUGACUUUAAAAUGAGAGAACAAUAUAUUUGGCAUUAAAUAUAACAAAUUAUUAGACAUA